GUUGGCCUGAUCCCUUUUUUGUUGCUUACAUCCUGGACUCUUAUCAUUUCAGGCCCAUCUCUGCGCCCCGUGUGAUCCUUCUGUUCCUUCAGGAUGAGCAGCGCCGAGGAGUCCAUUGACAAGGCCGAGACGGGGGUCAAGCCUUCUGCGCCACCCGCCGGCGUCUCGUUUUUCGAUCCUGCCUUAUCGCCAGUCCGACGUCAUGUUUUCCUCCAGUGGGGGAAGACCGUAUUAAUUCUCUGCACCUUCAUUCUGGGCAUUCUGUCGCUAUUCUGGGCCGUGCAAUUCAAGCUCGAGACGCGGUUCGAGAACCUCACCGUCUGGGUUGUCGACUUCGACGGCCAAGUGGAGCCCUAUCGCAACACCACCCCGAUCGUGGGCCCAGCCAUCACCCACGUAGUCGAGGAGACCGUUCGCACCAACCCGGAAGCACUGGGGUACACGAUCCGCUCGCCGGCGGACUUCAACAACGACCCGUGGGCGGUGCGCCAGAGCGUGUACGACGAACACGCCUACGCGGCCAUCAUCAUCAACGCCAACGCGACCGCCCUGCUCCAGGGAGCCGUCACCGGGGGCAACACCUCGUACGACCCCUACGGCGCCGCAGAAUUCAUCAUCAUCAGCGCGCGCGACGAAUCCACCUACUACAGCUACAUCCUGCCCGAGUUCUGGGGGCUGGAGCAAGCGGUGCGCAGCUACUUCGGGCCGCGCUGGAUCCAGAACCUCACGGCCAGUACCAGCACCACGAACCUAACGCAGACCCCGGCGCAAGCCCUCAACCCGGCCAUCGGCUUCACGCAAAUCGACCUGCGCUUCUUCGGCCCGGCCGUGAUCUCCCCCGCCACCAGCAUCGGGCUGAUCUACCUGAUCAUCCUGGCGUUCUUCAACACGCCCUUCAUGAUGCCGGUGCACCUGCGCUUCCUCAAGACGCCCAACAGCCCCUCGCUCAAGAUCCCGCAGUGGCUGCUGUGGCGCAUCGUCUCGAACAUCGGGACGUACUUCUGCCUCUCGCUGUUCUACAGCUUCGUCUCGCUGGCCUUUCAGAUCCCCUUCACCAACCCGCCGGCCUCGCCCGUCGAGCCGGCCGACAACCCCAACGCGUACGGCCACGGCUCGUUCGUGGUGUACUGGAUGCUGAACUGGGUGGGGAUGUGCGCCUUGGGGUUCCCCUGCGAGAACAUGGCCAUGAUCAUCGGGUUCCCGUGGAGUUCGCUGUUCUUGAUCUUCUGGGUGAUCACGAACGUGGCCACGGGGUUCUACGCCAUCGAUCUGGCGCCGCGGUUCUUCCGGUGGGGGUACGCGUGGCCGCUGCAUCGGAUCGUCGAAGCCCUCCGCACCAUCCUCUUCGACACCCACUCCCGCAUCGGCCUCGACUUCGCCGUCCUCUUCAUCUGGAUCGCCCUCUCUAUUCUGCUCUUCCCCUUCGCCGCCAAGUUCAUGCAGUGGAAGCAGAAGCGCGGGUGGGCUUGAGUGCUGCCCCUGCCCUUGGAGCGGGUUCUUGCUGUCGUGUUGUAAUAAUAGAUUAGACUCUUAGAUUAUUCCUAACAUAAUAUUGAUUUUC